AUGGCUGGCGCUCCGAGGAAGCCGGGCUCAUCCCGUGCAGGCCGCACACACACUAAACUGCCCUUCUGGCCAAACAAGCCCGGACGCCGGAGAGGGAUGAGAGUCGGGGGACCCAGGGUCGGGGAGGGAAGGGAUAGGCAAAAGGAAAGAAGGGGCUGUGAUACCUCGGCGCUGUCAAACACUGCUCCUCGCGCUCCAGAGCCUGGAGCCCACCCGACGGCAGCGUGCCCCGCCACCGCUCCGCCGCCCGGGUCCCUUCUCCCACCGGUCAAUAGUAAAACAAUCGCUCCCCCGGCGUCUGCGGCCGCUGCCAGCGGUUCUGACACUGCAGGAAUGCGCUGUCUGGGGAAGGCUCCGCACUCUGGGGAGGGGCACAAGCGGGUCGGAGCUAACUCCUACAUGAGCGCGUGCAGUAACUACCAAUAUGGAUACCUCACAGGGCCUGACGCUGGCCUCUGGAUAAAAUUCAGGCGAUGGCUGCGGGCGGAUGCUGGUGGACACACUCAAAGACCCUCUUGGACUUUCUGGGCUUCCCAUUCUCCUCUACUGGAGGCUGAAGAGGGCAGGCCCAGCGACGUCUCCCAGCCCUAGCUGGGUUCAGACCUCAAGCCAGAGGUGAGGAGGCCGGCAGGAGAGUUUUACUCCCCCAAAGAGUCGGGACGGGAGCCGGAUCCAGCUGAAAAAUCUGAGUGAGAAGGUUUCAGGCCCAGGAGGACUUGAGAUAAUACAGGAACUUCAAGAGGCUGAAAUAAGGAAGGUCCCUGGGGUCUUGUGAAAAAUUAUUCAUUUAUCUUGUCUACUGUAUAUAGAGGCCUGUGUUUAUAGAAGCUGUCAAUAAAAAGUCUAAUAAAUUCAUGAAUACACAACUAAGAGCACAAGAAUUGUAAUUAUUGAAGGAAGGCACUGGGAAAAGCAUGUCGGCUUGGAGAACCCCAACUACUUUUGCCUGAUGGCAAAGUACCUCUGGGCUGAACGGAAGUCUUCAACUGGAAGGGACAGGGAGCUUCUCUUUUGCUUAUUUAUGCGUUCAUUCCACAGACAUUUCAACCAUGACAAUGAUGGAAACAGGAAUAAUGUCCCAAUGAGAUAAGAAGCAGCAUUGGUCUCUUUGUCUUUAGGGGAGUAAUAACCAGAGGAUAUCUUCCUGUAAGAAAUCAUAAGACCAGACACGGUGGCUCACACCUGUAAUCCCAACAUUUUGGGAAGCUGAGGUAGGAGGAUCACUUGAGGCCAGGAGUUCAACACCAGCCUAGGCAAAAUAGUGAGACCCCAUCUCCACACACA